UACUUUCUGUAUAUUUCAUUUAAAAUAUUUUUUAGACCUCGAAUUCCUCUCACUCGCGAACAACUCACUCACACACAUCGCCACAGAGGCAUUUGCCUCCUUGACACAUCUCAAACAUCUCGAUCUCUCCCAUAAUGACCUACUCUCCUUACCCAAGAAUGUCUUCAACAAACUCAAAAAUCUCGAGACGUUGAUCCUAUCGAACAAUGAGCUGCAACUUUCGCCAGACUGUUUCGCAGGGCUUUCCUCGCUACGAGAACUGGACCUUACAUCGAAUAGACUUAGUUAUCUACCACCUUCGCUCGAAGCAGGCCAGUUUUCUGCACUGCGCAAUUUGGAAACGUUAAAUAUUGCUGACAAUCUUAUCAGUGAUAUCUACGAUGGCGCAUUUUUUGGAAUGGACAAUCUAACAGUGUUGAACAUGACGAAUAACCAGCUUGUACGACUUCCUGGGAAUACUUGGCCGCUGCCAACUCUUCAGUCACUAGAUUUGUCUGGAAAUCCAUUCGUCGCCUUAGAGACUGCUUCCUUCGAUACGUUGCCGUCGCUGCAAUUUCUGAAUUUGUCGAAUUGCAAGAACUUGAAGACAAUUCAUAUGGCCGCCUUCGUCUCACUAUCAUCUCUGAAAACGCUGGAUCUAUCAAACUGCGCUUUGAAUCACAUAGCUCCAACUGCUUUCCAGCCAUUCCCACCACUUACGAUGCUAUCCCUAGCCGGGAAUCGUCUACAGACACUUCCAUCCUCAAUGCAACUAUCUACAGUAGCCGCCGUGGAUCUCGACAACAAUCCUUGGGAUUGUUCCUGUGAACUUCGUGCUUUGCAUUUGCAAUCAACGGCCCUUUGCGCUUCACCCGAAUCUUUGGCUGGCAUUCCGCUUAAGGAACUCGACACUUGCUCAAUCCUCCACGGAAUGGCACUUCCGCUAAUUCUCAGUGUCGUCGUGCUCUUCUUAAUUGUCAUCCUAAUAUCCAUCCUACUUAUGAAAAAGCCAACACCUCAUCGAUCCUCCAUCUAUCACCAUCAAGCUCUGAUCAACGCUCUUUCUCGAAAGGAGUACGGUUUUGACCAGGCCACAACUCUUAUCAACGCUCUUUCUCGAAAGGAGUACGGUUUUGACCAGGCCACAAGUCCAUACUGUACGAGCGACGAGUCCCAGGACUCCGCAUAUGAAAGUCCCACGUCGGCUUUUCUCCCCAGGCAGAAAGCUCCAUUACGACCGCCUCCCUCACAUCUUCCACCACUGGUUGCACCAGACGGGAACUAUCGAAUUUUGACCAAUUAUCCUGUGCCAAUGACGCAGUUGUAAAU